AUGAUUCGUGUACACAUUUUCUCAUCAGUGCUCACUAUUGGAUUAUCUUUUAUAAACGUUGUCUUUAAAAGUUUUGUUUAA